AGUCAGGAAACGAAGAAUUGAGGGUGAAUGGAGAAAGGAGGAAGAACAAAUAAAAUAUCAGCAAAGUGGUGUCGCUCGCUCACAUCUUCCCUUCCCCUACAAAAAUAUUCCAGAGAAUAGCAAAAGGGGAAAGCCUUCUCCUUCUCUUCUCCUUCCUCCUCCCCUCUCCUCCUCUCUCUCCAUCCCUGCACACAAUUGGGUUCUCUUUUGUCUCUUUCCCACUUCAUGACGCGUUUGCUUCAAUGGCGGCUCUCGCCAUAGCUUUCGCUUCUUCAUAUCUCUCCCAUCUUAUCCCCGCUGCUCCAGUUUCUCAGUAUUUCUCCUUCUUCUCAUCCACAACCCACAAAACCCAACCUAUGCUGCUCUCCCACCUCCUCGCUUUCUUCUUCUUCUCCUUCGCCUUCUCCCUCUCCUUCUCCUUCUCUCUGUUUUUCCUCUGCAGAAGUCUGAGGAGGCAUAGGCGAGAAGAAGAGCCACUUCUUCUCCGAAACCCGGUUGUCAAAGCCGAAUCUUUGUCGAAAUUGAUUCUAACCCGCGAAAACGAGAACGGCCAUUUGCCUCAUUCCCUCCUCCUCGAAAUUUUGCCAUCCGAUUCCCCAAAAUGGGCUGCUCUGUUUAGCGGUGACCCGGAUGGAGCGGUAUCGGGUCCUGGGGAUGGUUCAUCCGCCGGUGGAGAAUCGCUUAAGUUGAUAAAGAAGAAGAAGAAGAGAGCGAGGAAGAAGCGAUUGGAUUCGAAGGUGGUUGAUGAGAAUGCUGGCGGUGGGUGUAAAGAAGAGAAGGAUUUAGAUGGGCCGGGUUUGGAUUCGGGUUCGUUUAGUGUGAAACCGGAGUUGGUUUGUUUGUACCCGUUUACAUCAGCCAGCAGUGCCACCCAGAGGAAGAUUAAGCAGCAGUAUGACCAACUAGUGAAGUGCAAUGAAAAGAGAGGAUUGACAUUGGCUCAGGUUGCAGAGUUUGCUAAUUGCUUGGUCGAGGCUAGAACCGAGUUGCAGCACAAGUCAGAGGUAAUUAAGCGGAGGUUCACGAUAACCAAAGCUCUAUUAUUCAAGGCAGACAGAUCUUCAAUAGAUCGCCUUCGUCAACAGAUAUACAAGCUAGAAGUAGAACAAAAGAGAUUAGAAGAGGAUGCAUUUGUUUAUAAUUGGCUUCAACAGCAGCUUAAACUCUCACCUGCAUACAAAAAGGCAGAAGAAUGGGAAGUCGCGAACACGGACGAGUUAUUGAGAGAUGGCAUUGCCAUGGUGCGGGUUAUUAGCAAGCUUGACGCUCGAAGUACCACUAGGAAUCACGGUUUUCCGUCACCACCUGGUGGCCUGCUGCUUGUGAGCACGAGGUGUUGAACUGAAGGAAUCGGGACUCUGCUAAUACUGCUGGUUGCGCAUGGGUCUUCCCAUGCAAGCUAAUUAAUGUCCUGUAGGAGUAGUGUCUCCAUGAAUUUUGGCCUUUUUUUUUGUGGUAAUAAUGGUUUCUUUACAGUUGUUUGCUGAGACCUUGGGUGGAUGGCCUAAUCCAGCAUGUGCCUAGGGCUGUGCCACAGGUUUAUCAGUUACAUCCCCAGGUUUAUCAGUUGCAUAAUGUAACAUCACUAAAUUGAGAUGGAAGCUCAUUUGAUGAAAUGAGAUUGGUAAUGGUUUCUGGAGGGCUUAAGGUUCUUAAAGAAUGAUGGGUAUUUGAGU